AUAAUUUAAUUGUCAUUAGAUUAUUUAAUCUUAUCUUAUAAUCCAAACCAGGGUUUUAAACCAGCAUAACAACUGUGACUAUACUAGUCUAAACAAGAACCAAUGAUAAUAAAUUACUUGACCAUCAAAUCUUGGAAAAUCAAGUACUUUUCAAGAUAAGCACUGAUUGGAGAUUGCUGGCCAAGGCAAAGAACUAGUCAACUUAAAAUAAUCAACUUUGAACAAUUCUCUUCUUUCUGAAAGGUCCUUCCAAGAAACACACACAACACACUGGAAAAAAGCUUAUACAUACUUGCUCUAUUAAACCGAACCCGAAACCGAAACCAAAACCGAACUUAUUACCACUACUUCUUCUUUCAGAAAAUUGCUAACGAUGGACUCAGAAACGCGUCAACUUCUUAGCAUAUACUUCAUUCCAGUAAUGGCACCUGGCCACAUGAUUCCAAUGAUAGACAUCGCCCGACAAUUCGCGAGGCUCGGUGCGAAAUCAACUAUCAUCACGACAUCCUCAAACGCGUCUCAAUUCUCCCAAACAAUCGAACGUGACAGGAGAAACGGCUCCCAGAUCAGCAUCUCCCUCGUCAAAUUCCCCUGCCGAGAAGCAGGCCUGCCCGACGGCUGCGAGAAUCUAUCUUCCACCACUACCCUCGAAAUGUCAAUGAAUUUCAUGAAGGCCAUUGAUUUACUCCGAGAACCAGUCGAAAAGCUUCUGCAUGAGAAGGGAAAUCGUCCGGAUUGUAUAGUUGCAGGGGCUUUCUUCUCGUGGGCUAACGACGUGGCACUGAGGCUGAAUAUUCCGAGGCUGACCUUUUACGGGACGGGUUUUUUCCCCAUGUGUGUCUACAGGAGCUUGAGAGAUAACAAACCUCACGAGAAAGUUGGAUCGGAUUUCGAAGAAUUCGUUGUACCGGGUUUGCCCGAUGAGGUGAGGAUUUCGAGACGACAAAUACCUGACCAGUUAAAAGACGGAGACAAUUAUAAUAACAAUCCAAUGGCAGAGUUUGUGAGGAAGGUAUUGGAAUCGGAAUUAGCGAGCUACGGUAAGAUAGUGAACAGCUUUUACGAGAUGGAACCGGCUUAUGCAGAGCAUUACAAGGGGCUUGAUGGCGGCAGAGCGUGGCAUAUCGGUCCCGUUUCGCUUUUCAAUAAAAGCGACGAAGAUAAAGCUUGUAGAGGAAAAGAAUCAUCUUGCAAUGAGUACUGUUCGAGUUGGCUUGAUUCGAAGAAACCGAACUCGGUUUUGUAUGUGUGUUUUGGCAGUAUGGCAUUUUUUCAAACACCUCAGCUGCAUGAGAUUGCAAAGGGGCUCGAAAACUCCGGCCGGGAAUUCGUAUGGGCUGUUAAAGAAAACGCACAAUUAGAUGAAGAAUUCGAAGCGAGGAUUGAGGGGCGAGGUUUGAUAAUCAGGGGGUGGGCCCCGCAAGUGCAGAUUCUCGACCAUGAAGCUGUCGGAGGGUUCGUCACGCACUGUGGGUGGAAUUCGCUGCUGGAAGGGGUGGCGGCCGGUGUUCCGAUGAUCACGUGGCCGCUGUCGGCGGAGCAGUUCUUCAAUGAGAAAUUGGUGGCGGAGAUUCUGAAGACUGGAAUUCCGGUGGGUGCUCGGGAGUGGACGAAACGAACGGAUGAGAGAGAGGUUAUAAAGGGGGAGAGUAUAGAGAGAGCGGUGGCGCAGUUGAUGGGUGGGGAAGAAGAAGCUGAGAGGAUGAGAAUUAGGGCUAGAGAAUUUGGGGAUUUGGCGAAAAUGGCGGUUCAAGAAGGUGGAUCUUCCGACAUUGAUUUGAAAUCUCUCAUGGAAGAAUUAAGGAUGUUUCAUCGUUGAGGUGAAAAUGAUUUAUAGUAUGUUGUAAAUAUACGGUCAAUUACAGAGCUGCCGCCUUGAGGUAAAGUUAAUUUACAAAAAAUCCCUUAUUUUGUAGAAACUACGUGUAGACCCCUGAAUUUUGUAAAUUUCUUACAUCCACUUCCAUACAAAAGGGUUUUAGUGUAAGAAAUUUACAAAUUUCAUGAGGUGGAUGUAAUUAUGAAAAAAUAAGGGGGUUUUCAUAAAUAGACCUUAUCUCAGAGGGACAGUUGUAAUUUACCUUGUAAUAUAAGUAUGUUUUCUUGAGAUAUGGAGUAUAAUUUGAC